AUGGCGAGGAUGAGGGAAAGAGCUGCGCAAUGGGUCAUGAUGCAUGAGCAUCCUUUUACCAUUGUGGAGGAAGAAGGUUUCAAUCUAAUGCAAAAAAGCGGGAUGCCUGAGUGGGAAAAAAUAUCGCGCACAACAAAUAAAAAAGAUUGUGUGUCUGUGUUUGAGAUUGAGAAGAAGAAGUUAAUGAAUGUUUUGAAGAAUAAAAGGGUAUUGAGCUUUGUACAUAUUGAUCCUCCUCACACGGGUGUUCAAAUUGCUGAUUCGGUGUAUAAAUGUCUAAAGGAAUGGGGUAUUGAAAACAAGGAGUUCACUAUCUCUGUCGAUAAUGCUUCUAGUAAUGAUGUAGAAAUCAAAACAUUAAGAGAGAAUUUUUCAGUAACCAGGCGGUUGGUUUGUGGAGGGAAGCUAUUCCAUGUGCGUUGUUGUGCACAUAUCUUGAAUCUUUUGGUUCAAGAUGGCCUUUCUAAGAUUAAGGAUAUUGUUAAAAAAAUCCAUGACAGUGUGUGGUACAUCAAGCAAUCGGAGAGCAGGGUCCAAAUUUUCUCACAGAUUGUGCAACAACUACAGUUGCCUAGUCGAAAGUUGAUUUUAGAUUGUAAAACAAGAUGGAAUUCGACGUAUGAGAUGAUGGUAAUUGCACUACAAUUUAAAAAUGUGUUUCCGAGAUUCAAAGACAGGGACUCUGGGUUUAUUUAUUCUCCUAGUGAUGAGGAUUGGGAGAAAGUUCAGAAGGUAUGUGAUAUUUUGGGAGUUUUUAGUACGGUGACCAAUUUAAUCUCUGGGAGUGAUUACCCUACUUCUAAUAUAUUUUUAAAUGAGGUUUUUCGGAUCAAAAAAAUGCUUGAUAAAAAGGCAAUAGAUGAAAAUGAAUUUAUUCGAGUUAUGGUGAAAAAGAUGAAGGAGAAGUUUGAUAAAUAUUGGGGUGAAUGUAAUUUGUUGAUGUCGAUUGCCGCUGUCUUGGAUCUGAGAUAUAAAAUGAGGGUGAUUGAAGUUUCUUUCCCUAGACUGUAUCCCGAGUCUGAAGCACGAGCAAAUAUCACCAAACUACGGGAUGCAUUGUAUGAGUUGUACAAGGAAUAUGUAGAGGAAUUCCACUCUUCCAACAAUGAAGAAAAUGUUGGAAUGAGCAUGUCUACUCAGAUGAAUGUAGGAACCGAAGCUCAUACUUAUGGGGAAUUUGAUUUAGAGCAUUAUCUUAUUGAGGAUGAAGAUAUUCAUUCAGAAAAGUCAGAGCUGGAUUGUUAUUUGGAGGAGUCACGUUAUGUUUGUCAACCAGGUACAAACACAUUUGAUGCACUAGUGUGGUGGAGGGCGAACAUCAUGAAGCAUAAGAUUUUAUCUAGGAUGACUCGUGAUAUACUAGUCAUUCCUAUAACCACGGUGGCUUCGGAGGCGACUUUUAAUGCUGGUGGCAGAGUUAUUGACCCUUAUCGAUCAUCAUUGUCUCCGACAACUGUAGAAGUGCUACUUUGUGGUGGAGAUUGGUGUCGCAAUCUCCAUGGAAUAAAGAAAAAGAGCAAAACAGAGGAGAAAUUGGAGAUUGAUCUUUCCAUCAAUUGA